AUGAUCAUCAUUCCGUGGACAAUUGAUCAAUUAUUUAAUUGGAGUAACAUUAUUGUUAUAGGAUGGCUUGCAUUAAUAUUUGCACCUUUUCACAAAUUAUCAAAAUACUUAAUUUUUUUAUCAGCUUUUCUUUUAUCACUAUUGUAUACAUUAAUAUUAUUUCAAACAUUAUUCUUUCGAAACUCGAAGAAUCCAUUAUUCAAUGUUUUUCAAUUAUCAGGAUGGUUCGAUUUAUUGAAAGAUCCAUUAUUAGUCAUUGGUACCAUUAAUCAUUUGCAUGUUAUGGAUUUAUGGAUUGGUCGUUGGAUGGUGUACGAUUUUUAUAGUGGAUAUAGUUUUGCUUAUAGUAUUACGAGUAAUGCAAAUGGCAGACAUUAUAUCGAUAGAUCGUGGACAUUUGGACGAAUUGUUUUUACUGGAAUUCUGUUAACAACUUUUAUGGCAGCACCGUUUGGAUUUUUAUUGUAUACAAUGGCCAAAGUUACCUUUUUGAAAAAAUAUCGAAUUGAAGGUCGAAUACAUAUGAAAAAUUAUCAAGACUUCAUUGAAAAAUCGCAUAUGUAUCAAAUUCAAACUGAUUUAUUCAAUCCUCAUUACGUUCGAUUUGGUGAUAAUUUUUCGAAAUUUCUACGUAAAAUCUACCAUUUUGCACUCGGUAUACUUGGAUUGUUGGUCUUAUUCUUUUUUACUUUGCCAGUUUACAUUAUUUUAAUCAUUUAUUGCCGUAUUACUUAUCGAACUCCAUCGGCAUUAAUACAGCAGCUAGAUGCAAAGUCACAAGCAAUUCCAAACAAGAGAAUUCCUGAAUAUGUUCGUAAUGUUACAGCAACAAUGAGAUUAAAAUUAAUUACAACAUCAAUGGCUAAAAGGAAUUUUAUUUGGCAUUUAAAAUUUUUGUUUUUACAAUUAGCAACAUUUAUUGAAUAUAUUCUAAAUGAAUCGAAUCCAAAUGCAUUAUUCCAUGCAUUAGAAGAUUAUUUUUCAAAAGUUUACGAUCUACCAUAUUUUAUAUUUGGCGAUGGUAUUGGUGUUGGUUCAUAUGAAUUAGUGAAACGAUAUAUACAAGAUAUUCCACCGUGUAAAGGUUUUGAAUCGUUAGGCUGGAAAGUUUCUUCAUCUCAACAAACAUUUUGUGAUUUAACGACUGUAUUUCUUUCAUCAGAUAAUCCAAAUAUGAAACUAAGUCGUCAUAUUAUUUUUCAAUGGCUACAUGCCUUUCCUCAUCAUCUAUUCAAGGAAGAUUCUGAAGCACGACUUCAUUUAUCUAGAAUUGUACCACGUAAAAUCGAUGAACAACCAAGCAAAUAUAUCGUAUAUCAAGCAAUCGGUGAAGUCAUGUUUUUCUUGGCAACGGAUGGUGAAUUAAGAAAAAAUGAACGGAUUGCUUUUAUUGAUUGUGUCGAAAAACCAUUUAUAUUUUUUCCGAAUUGGUUCAAUUUCUUAUUAUUUGGACAUUAUUUCGAACGAAAAACUUUACAAAGUUAUUACACACUACUUCAAGCAUUUGCACGACACAUUGAUGGAUCAGCAUUAUGUGCUGCUUUUACUGCAGCCGACAAUCAAAAAUCAAAAUCUGAAGUAUUAAAAUUAAUUACUAUCGUAUUUUGUGUUGCAGGAAGUAUUGCUCCAUCUAAAUUAGCAGUAACUGUUAUCGAAAGAUUAUGGUCAAAUCCAGAAAAAUAUGUUCAUUUAUUUCGAAAAAAUCCGCACAAUUUUAUUAAAGAAUGUGCACGACUUGAUAAAGUUGUACCAAUGGUAAAUGUUUUAGCCACACAUGAUAUUGCUAAUGAAAUCGAAAAUGAAUUUAAGCAGAAAAAUGAAAAUAUCAAUAUUUAUCCGAAUACACCUAUUCAUUGUUCAACAGUCAAUGCAAACCGUGACAAAACAAUAUUUCAAAAUCCUAAUGAUUUUAUGCCAGAAAGAUCUGAUUUGAAUAAAAUUAUUGUAUGGAAUGGUGUCGAGGAAGACAUUAUGAAUGUCGAUAAAACAAAACGACCAGUACGCUAUUGUCCAGGACACGAUCUAUCACUCGAUGUUAUUCAAUAUGUAGCUGAACGAUUUGCACCACCUUCAUUUGAUACUAAUGACAAUUAUGAUUUAGAGAAAAAAGAUUUUCCAACGACUACGCGUAAUCCAAAUGAUGACAGCAAGUCUCAACAAUCAGAUCAUAUAUUAGAAAAGGACACGACUAUACAAUCACUGAUUUCAAAAGAAUUUUCUAAUGAAAUAUUUGAUGAAAAUGAACGACAAUGGGUUUUAUCAAAUUUAACCAUCAAUCAAUUUAAUGAAAGAGAUCGAAGUUGUUACAAUGCAUUAGAUAAUUACACCAAAAUAAUAAUGUUACUAAUGCAAUUAGCCGUUAAGGAAUCAUACUCAUUUCCGGCACGUGCUAUUGAUAUUCAACCACCAUUAGAUUUACCAACACAUGACCUAGGUAUAUUUCGUAUUGAUAUGGCUAAAUUUGUACCAAGUUGGGAUGAAGAUAAGCCAAAUGGUUCACCACUAUUGAGACGUUUGGCUCGUUGGCUAAUGAAUCAAAACAUAUGGGAUUUUCGUGAUUCAUUAAUAGAAUUCGAUACACUUGAACAAGCACUUGCAUGGCGUUCAAAAAUGUUUGCUGCAUUACCGAUACCAAAUAUUGUUUAUACAGAUAUUUUAUCAGAUGAAGCUAUGACUCAAUUAGCUUUUGCUGGAUGUGCAUGCCAUUAUACUCAACGAGUUGAACAAUCAUGGCUUUCUGGUCAUGGUAUACCCGAAGGUAAACUUUUAAACGAUGCUGUCUAUGUGAACGAUAUGACUGGUUUAUCAACUUUUUCUGUUCGAAAACCAUUUGAACGUUAUGGUGCUGCCGCCUAUUUUGAUAAAGAUUUUCAAAUUAUUGGCAUUUAUUGGUCUCAUGGUUCUUGUUUAGUUAAAAAAGAUGAACAAUUUUGGGAUCAUGCAAAAUAUGUAUGGCGUUCAUCAUUUUUUGCAUAUGUUACAAUAGGUGAUCAUUUAAUUUCUACACACAUGAUCGAAUGUAAUGCAUUUGUAAGUGCAUCACGUAAACAUUUACCAGCUGAUCAUCCAUUACGAAUUUUUAUAAAACCAUUUACUUAUCAUACCAUAUCAGUUAAUUAUCAAGCUGCAUUAUCAUUAGUUAAUAAGUGUGGUUUAGUACAUAGAAUAUGGGCAUUUGAUUAUGAUGAAUUUCUUAAAGUAUGCGAUUAUAUAUCUAUUCAUUAUAAAUUUCGUACACUACCAAAUUGUAUUUCUGAAUCAAUGCAUCCAAAUAAGAAUAAUAGAACAGAUGAUGAAUGGGACAAAAUUUAUCCUAUUUAUCAUGAUCUUAAUGCAUAUUGGAAUAUCAUACGAAAAUAUGUUCAUAAUUUUUUCAAGAUCAAUUAUAAUUUAUCUGUUGAUAAUGGAAAUAAUCAUAUACCCAAUGAUUCAUAUAUUAUGAAUUUUAUUCAUGAAAUAUGCAAACAACUUGGCAUUUCAGGCAUUACUUCAUUACAACGUUUUAUCGAUGUUUUAUCACAAUUAAUUGCUGCUAGUACAGGCAUACAUGAACAUGUUGGUCAAAUAAGUGAUUAUAUGACGGAUCCACGAUUCAUUGGAGCUAAAUUACAAGAAGGCAAGGAAAUGCAAAAUAUUCAAACAUAUUCACAAAUAUUAGUUUUAUCAGUUAUUACUGGUUUACGUAUGCCUGGUAUCUUGGAAGAUUGGAGUCAUUUAAUAGAACGUAAUCGAUAUUAUUCGAAGAAUUUACAUAAUUAUCAGACUUUUAAACAAGAAUUACAAGAAUUAUCCAAAGAUAUCGAUUCUCGUAAUAAGAUAAGAAAAUAUCCAUUUCAAUCGUUUAAUCCAAAAUAUAUUGAAUGUUCAACAUCAGUUUAA